GUGCCUUCUCCGGAUGUCAAAACCGGGGGCAUUUACCAACUGCGUCAGGGACUGAAUCGGCGUGUUCGCGUUCUCAUCCGACCCAGUGAACUCAACCGCAGAGAGCGUGGGUGUCUGCCGUUGGUUUGCGAAGCCGUCACUAAGAUCUCGGUAGGUUGUGUGACUAGGCUCUACGCUGACCUUGAAGACGGCGUAAGCAGCUACAACAAGAGCCGCGUCGCGCCGGACUCCUACCAGGAACUCGAUCUAGAGACCCUUCGACACAAGUGGUGCCACGCCAUGGACGAGUGGCAGUCGUACCUGCAGAAAAAUUUGCAGGCGUUGGCGCGGAAGCAAGAAAAGGACUCCUCGGACGAGGCCAACGAGGGCUACCUGUUGAAUCGCUGGGUGUCUUCCAUCCAGGAACGCGAUGCCAUCCUGGUGCCGGCGCCCGGAUCCAGUCUGCCUGGAGCUCCAGCCACGGACACUCCUCCACCGGGCAUGGAACAGCACAACCCUCUCAUCUUUGCUGACCUCGAUGACGCUCCAGGCAAGACGCCCAUGAAGGUUGGCGCGCAGUCUUACCUGGAUGACGAGGAGGCGUCGCUGAAGGAGGGCGCUGGCUUCGUCACCCUGCCUCUCAUCAAGAAGUACGCCACACUCAUUGGAGCUGUCGCAUCGUGGGACUCCAAUCUGCACGAGCGCGACUUCCUCAACAAGAUCACGCCCGCAUCAGAACGGAUCUAUCUCACUGUCAAGGAGGAGAUGCUGUGGACGGGUGUGGCCUACCAGUUUGUGGCUGGAAUACCAAAGAUGACUCCUCACGUCGUUCACGGAUUGGCCGCGAAUUCGACCUCCAAGGAGUGCGAAGGCGAUUGGCUCAUACGACCCAAAUUAUACAUCGAACAGUACAUGCGAACGAUUCAGUCGGUUAGCAGUGAGCUACAUCUUGACGGUCUACGACAGGAGGUUGCGCUUCAAGAGGCCUUGGCGACCAAUCAGCAUCGUCGCCAACCAUUUGACCUUGGUGACCUCACCUCGGCACUGCAGGAAUCGACUUUCUCGCACUCAGAGAUCGUCCAGCUGCCGCUUAAUGGAACUGGAUCUUCCCCAGAAAAAGCAUCCACUCCAACACCGUCGUCUCCUGUCUUCUUUGAAAGGCCGUGUGAAUCUGUUGGUUUCAAGAAUCCGGCCUCUGACGAAGCGGAGAUAAGGCGACUGAUGGAAGGUUUUCGCACGUCGUCGACGUCUUCAGGGCGAGGCGUCGGCGCUGCAAGGUGUCCGACAACCUCGGAGGAGCACAUGGCGUGGACGCGACGCGAUAGAGAAAAACAGCAGAUCCCCAAGUGA